ACUCAUUCAAAACAAUUUGCCCUACUUUUACCUUGGAGCCAUGUCUUUACCAUUGGAUAUCAACGAGGACUCUGUUAUUGGCAAAAUUCAAUCCGGAAUUGGCAUUAAAGGCAACAAACUUUCUAAGAGUGAUAAAGAGUUGAUCAAUUUGCAAGUCGAGAGAUCACUCUUAUUGAAAACCCAGCAGCAGAAAUAUGUCGAGGAUUUGUUGCAAUCAAAUAGCAAUAAAUCAGUCAAAAUAGCAAACAUCCAAAUACUAGGGACAAAUGACCAAUUUAGAUCUUCCUUCAUCAACCAACAACUAAAGCCAAUACUACAAAAUAACACUGGCAACACCAACCUCUCCCAUCAAAAUUUGCAAUCCUUCUUGCAAAAUCUAGAUAAAGUCAAUACUAAUUUUAUAAGCUCUCAAGCUGUAAAAGAAUUCCAAUGUUAUCUAGAGACAUUUCCUGCUGAUCCAAUUGACAAUUCAAUCAACAAUCCAUUCUACAAUCUUAGUAACCCCAAUACUAAUAUCAAUAUUCCCAAUGACACUUUAAAUAUCGUGCCCGUAUUUAAAAUCAUUCCCUCGAAUCGCUUUUUUGCUAAAACUGGCACAACCAUAGGUGAUGGCGAAGGUAAUGGCUACAUUAAUUUUCAAUUCAAAAACAUCUUUAAAGGCUGUGAGAACCUAUCUUUUGAUGCAACAGCUGGCACAAGAACAAAAUCUUCUUAUCUAAUCAACUUUAACACCCCAAUUUUAAACAAAAUCAAUUUCAAAUCAGAAAACCUUUUUUUCUCAAAUCAAAGAACAAUAGACUGGUGCUCAAAUCAUUUGCAAUCUUUAAAGGGCUUUUCAAAUAAAUUUCUUUACAACCAUUCAGAUUCUCUUAAUUUUGAAUUUUCCAUAGAAAAUUCGUUACGAUCAAUCUCCGUAUCGAAUACAGCUCAACAUUUCUUAAACUCUUCAAACUAUUUAAUCAAAAAUUCUGGCGACAAUUUUAAAUCUUCAAUCGCUUUUAAUGUCAAUUAUGAUAAAAGAAACGAUUUCAUCUUACCAACAAAUGGCUUUUAUUUCAAAUAUCAAUUCGAAUUUGCAAACAAUCUUUUAAGAAACUUGUUAUCAAAUAAAUAUCAAAAAAACUCAAAACUUUUUUCUCAUUUUAUUAAAAACCAAUUUGAAACCCAAUUUGCCUAUAAAUUCAAUUCAAAUUUAUUCCUCAAUUUCAAUUUUAAAUCGGGUUAUCUACACAAUCUAAAUACCAACCAUGACCCCUUUUUAAUGGAUAAUUUCAAUCUCGGUGGCCCCACAGAUAUCAGAGGCUUCAAUUUUAAUGGUAUAGGACCUUUAUCAACCAAAUUCAAUUCAAACAGCCCCAUAAUUAAUAACUCUUCAUCAGUCGAUUUCCUCAACGUUGAUAGAAUUGGUGCCAAUUUUUACUACUCAUCAGGCAUAAGCUUAUUCACAACUAUACCAAGAUUUGCUCCAACUUUAGACUCAUCCUUUAAAUUUCACACUUUCUUAAAUUUUGGAAAAUUAAUCUCAAUUAAAAACAUUGCGAAACAUUCAAACCAAUUUUUCCAAUUAAUUCGUCAGCCAAAUGUCUCAACAGGUUUUGGUAUAGUCUUCAAACACCCUUCUGCUAGAUUAGAACUAAAUUUCGUUUUGCCCCUAGCUGCAAACCAAUCUGAUUCAAUACGCAAGGGCUUACAAUACGGUAUCGGGUUAAGUUUUCUUUGAUUUGUGUUAUCUCACCAAAGUCCCAAGUGUUUAUAGAAUAAUAUACAUAAAAUGCUCAUUAAAUAGUAUCCGAAGACCUGCCUAAUUCGGCAUCGCGCUUUUGUGGCCAAUUUGAUCUAUAACUUGAAAAAGGGUUUUCCACAUGUAAUUAGUC